AUGGGCCGGUCUUCGGUCCAAAGCAUAAUGCAACGAAGAGUGGAGAAGCUGGCUUACCGAAAAAAGGCGCGUCAGAUGCCUGCACCAAAACGGCGCAGACGACCAGACCGGCAGGCCAGUGGCUACGACGUCUCAAGUCAGGCGGCAGGGCCGGCCAGCCGGACUAGUCGAGGAGGCCGUAGGGCUGAGUCACCGCAACGCGGCUGUGCCAGGCAGGGAGCGUGCACGAGGACGGACCCAUUCAACGUUUCCAUCCCUCCUCCACCUCACGUGGAGACGCCAGGCGCAAACCUUGCUGGUUCUCGUCUCAGCCCUCCUUAUUCCCGGUCCGAGGGUUAUUCCAGUCUCAUAAUCGGGCCCCGGCGUGCUUGGCCUAACGACGCAAUCGUGCCGAAAUCACAAAAAUACCGACUGCUACUGGGUCCGAAGCAGCCUUCGCUACACAUCCUCCUUAGCUUAAUUUGGCAAUGGGACUUCGAUGAGUCCGUCGCGAGACGGUCCGAUCGAAAUGGGAAGACUCGUCUCCCCACUGGGCUCAUAGGCUGGGCUGCUCGUACUCGCUUGCUCACCGACACGGCCAUCACUGUUGGGUAG